AUGCCCCACGUCCGACUGAACGAGCGAGAGUCUAAUCCUAACCCCCUCGUCAACUUCAUCACCGUACUCCCUGCCCAAGAUGAAUCCGAAGCCAAACAACUCUUGCGUGCCCUCGCCGCUCAAGUCCGUCCGAUAAUGCAGGACCAUGGUUUUGGCGUCAACAGCUUGGAAGAGUAUGAGUUCAACAAGGUGUUUGCUGGCCGAAACUGGAAUCACGGUGAGACAGUGGAAUUGGUUCUACGGGGGCCAAGUGGCCACUUCCUCCCACCAUCCCUGCUUAUGGGUGUUCUGUGCCACGAACUGGCUCACAUUAAGCACAUGAACCAUGGACGUGACUUUCAAGCAUUAUGGAAGAAAUUGCGCUCAGAAGUGCGCGGGCUCCAAGACAAAGGCUACUACGGAUUUUGGUCGUCUGGAUCUCGUUUACUAGACUCGGCUCAUGUCUCGGGCGAUGGGGCUACGUCGGGAGAAUUUCCCGAAUAUAUGUGCGGUGGAGCACAGUCACAAUCGCGGCCAGCACGCCGCAAGCGCCGCGCGCCAAGAAUGCGGGCAGGUGAACCGAUAGCCUCGAAUAAAACCGGCCGACAGACCGAGAAGAAGCGCAAGGCCGGCGGUCGUGUCACAUCCAAGACUGCUUUUGCAGGAGAGGGAAAUUCACUUUCUGAGGCGAAGGGCAAGGGAACUGGUUUCCGGAAACGAGCAGCGAGCAAACGGGCACGGGAGGAGCGAGCUGAAGCUGCGCAAAAGCGACUUUCCGGGCCUGAAUCCUCAUCGCAUUUUGAAGGCUCCGCAGAAGAGGAUGAUGACGAGCUUGUACCAGAAACUGAUGUAGAAAGGCGUCGAUUACUGUCGCCUGACAGUCACUCAGGGGGAAGCUGGAAGGACUUCGAAAAUGAGUUUCUGUUUCGCUCCAGGACACCUAGUGAUACUCCACCUCAACCAAUAGGCAAAGCAAAAAAUGGUAUUGUGGCUUGGUUUUGCGGCCAUGCUUGUGAUCUUAUUCCGUCGUCAGAUAAUUUGGUGCGUUCUGAAAUAGCGCUGCGGACAAAGGAAGCGCUGGGUCUCGCUCCAGUCAGCGCUAGCAGUCGUGUCCUUGGUGGAGUUAGGACUCGUCUGCCGCCGCCACCAGUUGAACCGGAAUGGGUGUGUCAUAUUUGUACUCUGUGA